GCAGUGUUUUUUUGUGUGACAAACGCGUAAUAAAACUUUGGUUCCUUUCCCAAGUUUUUAUGAAAUUGUCGAAUUGUCUAUAUAGACCUCCUGCCUUGUGAUCAUAUAUCAACGGUUACAAGUUGUCUGAAAUAUUGGCGCUUGUGGACUCCUGUUUAGCAGUCCCCACAGUUUUUCACUGUGGGGAGGCCAUUACGAAUGCUAGAUUUUGUGGUCAGUGAACCUUUUUUUGUGCGUUUGAAGGAAGGCUUUGGACCAGUGUCCUGCUGGAAAUGCAAACCACUACCAAGCCUCCCGGCAGAGGCAGCCAGAACUUAGUCACCAGAUAACUGCUUGUUUUAGCUAAUAAACGCUAGCAUGGAUCAGGAGUGCAGCAAUGCCUCUGGCGCCCCCGGUGGCUCGGUGGUGCAGGUGUGCUUCCCGGGCGUGCGAGCGGCAGUCCUGGACAGCCUGAACCGGCAGAGGGAGGAGGGCCGGUUGUGUGACCUCUCCAUCCAGGUGCAGGGCCAGGUGUUCAGGGCUCACCGCUGCGUUCUGGCCGCCUCCUCGCCCUACUUCCACGACCAGGUGCUGCUGAAAAACGUCACCACGGUCUCCCUCCCGGCGGUGAUGGACCCGCUGGCGUUCGAGAGCGUCCUGGGCUCCGCCUACACGGGCCAGCUCAGCAUCGUGCGCGACGACAUCGUCAACUACGUGACGGUGGCCAGCUUCCUGCAGAUGUGGCACAUCGUGGACAAGUGCACCGAGAUCCUGAAGAGGCCCAGGGCUGCGGGGGGCGGCGGCGGGGGUGGGGGCAACCCCCAAAACGCCCCCUCUAGACAGCAGUCCCCCAGCAGCACGGACUGCCUGUACUUGGAGCGGGAGCGGAGCGACAAGCUGAGGGGGGCGGAGCUUAAGGAGAGGGGCGGGGCUGAGAGGGAAAGGGGGCAGGACCAGGGCCACUCACUGCCGCCCUUGGCUUCGUGGAGGCGGCCCCAGCAGCUCUCCAGGUGGGGGAGACCCCGCCCCCAACCCCAGGCAGCCCUGCCCCCUCCCCCGUCGGGGGUCCCCCAGCCCUCUGCCGACUCCCAGCUGGACUCCAAUGCGGGUGGGGAGAGCGACUACUCCAGCUGCGAGGAGGUGUGGCUACCGGGCAGCAGUAAGGCCAGCCCCCACGGGCACGACUCCGGAGGCCACGCCCACAGCAGGGCGGGGCUGGACCACGGUGUGGGCGGGGGCCACUUCUCCGGCGGCCACCCAGCCGAAGCCAGCAGGCUGAGGGGCAGGACGAGGCCCAGGGGCGCCCCAAACUUCCCCCUGGAGGACUUCCAGAAACUUCUGGGGAGGGGGAGGGAGAAGGGGAGCGGCGAUGUGGAAGAGGGGGAGGGGCUUGCAGGAAGGGUGGAGGAGCCGAAGAGGAAGAGAGAGAGGGGGACGGAAGCUGAUGAAGGGAUGGGAGAAGCGGUGGAGGAAGGAGGGAUGGAUGGGACGGAGAGGACGGGACACUCCGGAGAGUACCCAACGAGUGUGUACCACGGGGAUGAGGUGGAGGUGAUGGAAGCCCGGGACGGUACCGAGGGGGCGCAGAAGGUGGGGAGGAGAGUCGAAAGCAGGCCCCCCCACAGCUUGGAGGUGGAGGCCGCGGUGCCCGGGCCGUCCUGCCCAGGCCCGCCCCUCUCGGCCCGGAUGCAGUGGCAGGCGAGCCCCUGGAUUCAGUCCGCCGGCCGGGCCCUGGACGGCGGCGGCGAGGAGGAGGAUGACGACGAGGAAGAGGAGGAGGCCGACUUCGGCCGGUUUGCGGACGAGGGCGGGCCGGCCUUUGGCGGCCAGACCUACGACGAGAUCGAGGACGGCACGGGCCAGGUGUCCCAGAGGCCCCUGGUGCCCGCCUCGCCCACGGACGACGCCGACUACCUCCUGGGCCCUCCGGAACUCAGCUGGCCGCCGCCCAACAUCGCCCCCCAGGGGCCCGGAGGCGCAAUGGCGCCCGGCCGCCACCAGUCCCCGUCCUCCGCCCAGUUCCCCCCUUCCUCCUCUCCCCCGAUCCCCUCCUCCUCCUCUUCCUCCUCCCUCUCGCUCGCCGGCGCCCCCUACACGGGCAAGGUGCACUUCUGCCACUGCGGCAAGGCCUACACGCUGAAGAGCAUGCGGGACCGGCACGUCAAGAUGCAGCACCUCAACCUGCGCCCCUUCGCCUGCCCCGUCUGCGCCAAGACCUUCAAGAUGAAGCACCACCUGACCAAGCACCUGAAGACGCACGGCGGCCUGCGGCCCUACGAGUGCGGCCUGUGCGGCAAGAAGGUCAUCUGGAGGGACAGCUUCCUGCGGCACCAGGCCCGCUGCGAGAGGCUGGCCGCCGCCGGCAUGGCGCCCGGCUACGACGGCGCCGCCGCGGUCGCCGGGGGCAGCGGCAACGGCAACGGCCCCGGCGCCAACGGCAACGACCUCGACGACGGCUACGGCUACGGCUUCGAGGAGGGCGAGGGCUUCCUGGCGGAGGCGGGGCAGGUGAAGGUGGAGGAGGCGGACUUUCAGGGGGAGGCGGAGUCCGUCGCCAUGGGGGGCCUGCUGGAGGGCGUGUCGGUGGGGGGCGGCCUCAGUUUGGGGCCCGAGUCCAGGACCGUGGGGGGCCGGGGGUUGAAAGAAGAAGAAGGGGAGAGGUACAGUUGAGUUUGGAGAGAAAAGCGAGAGACAGAGAGAGAGAGAGCGGCAUUCAUGACUGCAUUGUUCCUGAGUGCAGUUUACUUGUUAUGGUCAGGGUAAACCGCUGUGGCUCCUGAACUGGAGUGGAAACAGCUCAGUUUAUUUCCCCCUGCAGUCCGUGCAAAUGGUACAAAUUGUUUGUUUUUAUUUUAUUUUCAGUGAAUGCAGGUGAUCAGGAGUCCCAGUGGUGAUUUAGCUUCAGCGUGUACAUAGCGUUGCAUUAAUUCUGUGUGAUAAAGUGGUCCUUUUGGAAGAGAAGAGAAGAAACCUCUCCCUGGACUCUUGGGGUAUUGAUCCCUGCAAGACAAUUAGGCAAUAGAGUACGGAACCCUGGGAGUUUUGGUAGGAAGUAACGGCAGAGCAAACCCCUCUGUGACAUCACAGUCGCCAGAACCCUCUCUUCACCAACAUUCCUUCAGCCGCUUGAAAGCUUGGCGGGAAUCGGAGUGCGUUUUUAAAAUGAGGCUGACAGGUCCAGCAGUGCUAGACUUCAAUGCUCCGCAGACAGACGGACGUUAUCGCCCUGUCCUUGGGUUUAGGGAGGCACUUGCGGUUUUAAUCAACAUAGCCGAAAUGUUUGCACACAGAGGACACGAGUGUGUCGGAGAGCUAAGCACCAUGAUGGUGUUUUCCGGUACCGUAAGUAAUUGUCUUUGUUAUAACUUGCCUCUUUUUUAACGUGGUGGGAUGUCGGUGCCAAGCUUUCGUAGUCGCUAGUUAUCCAGGUAAUGCCCUUGAAGGCCCUCUACAUGUUACCCUCUUCUGCAUGGAAAUGGUGAGCGUUUGGAAGCUGUGAUGUUUCAGCAGAGGACUUGGAAACGGCAGUAACCCUCACUGACUCAGUCAGUCUCAUUAAGUGGAUCCCCCAGCAGUAACUGGCAGGACCUCAUCCCACCACUAGAUGGCCAACGAAGUGGUCAGAGCCCCCGAGCAGUGCCUGUGAAUUCAGUUCUUGUUAUUGGAUACGGGGUUCACAUUGUGGAUGAGGACAUUCGUUGAAAGAUGGCGCUCUAAUUUUACUUUUUUCUCUGUCCAUUUUUAAGUCUUUGGUUUUUUUUUUUCGUUAAACUUGUUUUUCCUUUUCAUUGCAAGACUGUUUUAGUAAUGCGGGCAGAUUCUGGUGCUUGAAUUUCUUUUUAUAUUAUUUGUGGGUGUAAAACAGAGCUCCUCCUAGAGUCCUAACUAUUGAAUAAACUGCUGGUUGUGGAUUUUAUUAAUGAUUCCGUCCUAAGGACAAUGAGUGAGAUAAAAUGUACAGAGCCGGCUCAGCUCAAGGCCAGAUCGGGCUGGGAGAGGUUGUAGAGAUGAUACCCUAUAUCACCUACGCCUAGAACCGGCCCUUGUAUACUACGUAUGGUGGCCUGGAAGUCUUAAUACUACAGAGCUUCGCCAGACGUCGCUCCACUCACUCCAGUCCUUUUGAACAGAAUUAUACAUGCUAAUUACCAAAGAACGGCAGCAACAACAAACAAUUUAAACCUGCAUAGUAUUUUCUUUGGGUUGGAUAAUGCUGUGUAAUUUUUUUUAAACCAUCCAGUUAUCCGCUAUAUGAGUGCUGUUCGCGUAUUUAUUGAAAAAUCCCUCGCUUUCAUGUGCGUAAGCUCCUAUACUAGGUUAAUUCGCCGCUUUUCACUUGAAAGUUUUUUUGUUUUAAUUUUUUUUAUCGCUCGGUGGAUCCAUUAGCAACCAGGCCACGUGCUGUCAUUGCAGCGCUUCUCUUUCGAAUUUUCGAAAACGCGCAGUUGAAGGAACACUUUACCUCGCGCCUACAGCGGCCAAUUAUCAGCUGGCCAUAAAAAGCGCGAGUGGCCCAUUUCGCUCUCUGAUCCCGGAACAACCGCAAACCGCGCGGGGCGAUCGAGCGUGUCACUUCCAAGUCCACAAGAGCCUUAUUACCUAAAAUGGGGGUCUAAAACACCGAUCCUGGAGGGUCGCAGUGUCUGUUAGUUUUUGUUGUUGUUUUUCCGAUCAGCAGCCGAUUUAAGCCUUUGAAACAAGGUGCGUAGACUCGUUAGCCAAUCAGUGGCAAAAAUUAAGCACUUAAGUGCAGGAACACAUUAAAAACACCAGACACAGCAACUGUCCAGGAUUUCAGUUUGAGACCCCCGCUAUAAAGUGAAUGUGAUAAAGUGGCUAUUCUUAUUCUAUUUAUUCUUUUGAGUCAUGUUUUUUGAAUAUAGGUUGUGUACAUACUUGAAGGGAAAUCGGUGUUAUAUUUGUCUGUUGUAAUUGUCAUUAUUUGGUACUUGCUUUAUGAGAAAUCAGUGAAACUAGGAAGUCUACACUUUUGCCCAGGAGGUGGACAUGGCUUUCACCCAAAGAGUGACAGUGUCUUACAAGUGAAUCACGCCCCUUAUGAAUAUCAGAUUACGGUGUGAAUCUGUUUUACAUGACCCAGAUCAGGCUGUGCUGUUCUGACCACAGAUUUUUUAUUUUCCAUUUUCUAAUUGCUGUCAUUUAAAAAAAAAAAUUCAAGUACUACUUUGUGUUUUGUAGCAGAGAGCUACAAAAAAAAAAAUUACCAGACUUGGGUCAAAUAUGUACGUGAAAUAGUUUCUCUUUCAAGUUUAGCAACAUUUGAGGAUAAAAGGUACAUGAUAAGUUCCUAAGAAACAUUUUACAAACCAAAACUAUGGAAUCAUACUACUGAACACUGAUUAAAAUGGAGGGUUCUUUUGAAAUUGUAACAUGCAGGAAUUAUACUGGUGUGUGAAGCUGUGGUGGGCGUGUCCAAUCCCGGAUGACUGGCGCGUGCAUAUGCAGGUUAUUGUAUCCACAGAUUACCCCUGGCUCAGUUAGCUAAUUAUCCACCAUCUGCUGCUACCAUUCAUAAGCUCAUUAAUAAAUACAGAUCCGCAAUGUCAGGCAACUGAGAGGACUGGAGCAAUUAAAUAAUCAAGAGCUGAAGUUGGCGUGUAAUUCAGAAAUGGACGUGGGCGUCCUUGCUCAACCCUGGUGUAAAGGGGUAAAGCAUUUUUACGUCAUCGUUUUAAAAAUGAAAUGAUUGGACCGGGUGUGCGGUUGUAAAGGUGUGGUGCAGGCAUGUCUCGGUGCACUGUGGGUGUGUCCGCGAAUCUGGCGGCCUUGGCGAGCUUUCUGACUGUGGCCUGGUCUCGUAUGCAGCGCACAGACCGGGUCAGGAGCGUACUUUAAAAGGGGAUCCCCCCUGUCCCCCCACCUUUUUUGGAUAGACUAGUCACUAGUGUGAAAGCGGGUUUUAAGUCAUGGACGUGUAGUACUGUGGAUCUCCAUGAGAUGUGGAUAUUCAUUCAUCCCAAGGAAUCACAAGGCUGUUUUAUCUGGAAGUCAGUGUGUACUUCAUAAAAUAUUUUCAAACAAACCGAAUAUUUUUAAAAGGCUUAGUUUUUUUUUUUAGUUUUUUUAUUCUAGGGACCCCCUAGCAGUCCCCAGACAGAUUUGGUAAUAUUCAGGUUGUGAACCAUGGGUGCCUAUAAGCGUCUUUGGUUAUACUGCGUAUUGACCUGUUUCAGCACAAAGAUCCUCAGCUACACCUCAUCUCUUGUGAUUUUUAGCAUUUUGAGGGGUUUUUUUUAAGGAGAGGGAAAAAGUCACAUUCAGAACUUUGGGGGCACAUUAAAUGGCGACGCCACGGGAAGGGACUGUUUUAUUCGUUUAAACCGUUCAAGCCGAAAUCAACAUUCGCUUCCAAGCAUCAGGCAACUGUGUAAUGAUAAGUAGUUUGUGUGUGUGACGGUGUGUCUUUCCCGGUGAUGUGACGUCACUGAAUACAUUUCACAUCGGAUGGAACGAGAGAAUAAACGAGGGCGGGUCGUCGGUCAAUAAUCAAAUUUACCGGUCAUUGUCGGCAACCACUCGGGAGCGCAGGAAGCGGACCUUGUGGAAUCCGAAACCGCUGUUCAGAAUUACUUGGGUCAGAAUUUGUGAUUAUGGAACUGAAGUGCAAAACGGAACGGUUUUCCCUUUGUUGCCUUCAUAGGACUUAACGUUGGUUCUUAAUGUACUGUAUAGUGUAUAGCAGGUAGCGCAGAAAGCUUAUUAAAAUGGCUGAGUGGUCUGUCGUUACCGUUCGCGAUCACAUUUCGGUCCACUGCUGUUGUUUUUGUAAUGACCGUAAUUGGGGGCAUCGAGUCCUCUGUAAAUAAAUAUAAAACUAUUAAACACGGAUUUAUUUAUCUUUAUUUUUUAUUUUCUCUGACAAUUUUUGUUUCUCACCAAGCUAAUGUUUUCAUACUAAUGCAUUUUAAAUUGUAUUAAAUGCGCACGUGUUGUAAUGGACAAUAUUUGUUUGUGGGGGAGGGGGUUCUUGUUUGAAACAGUUUUAUUAAUGUCACAACUUUUUUGAGAAGUAUUGUGCAUAUGCAUAUAUUUAAAAAGUGUGAUUGUGUGGGUGUGUGUUCAUCUAGGAACCGUGCUGUGCACGUGCUCAACCCCAAUAAAGACGUUGCUUUCACAGGU